GGUGCGGCUAUCACUCUCUCUCUUGUUUCCUGAUGAAAGUCGUUCGUCCUCGUCCUACGUCAAUUGCAGCACUAGCCGUUUUUCUCGUCGUCUUUUCCUUUGGUUACUUGGUCACAGUCAGUCGUGUGCCGGACAGAGCCGUGUUAGUCCAAGAAGACAAUAAUGUUGCUCGACAAUUGAAUGAGCUCGAGUGGCGUAUUAAGUCAGCAGUGUCUCAAAGCAAUGAAAGAUCGCGAGACUUUGUCAACAUACGAAAUGAGAUUGAAAAUAUUUUCAGAAAGAACAGAGAACGUAUAGCUUCAUCACUAAAGCCAGUUGUGCGAGCGCCUUCGUCAGUCAACCAGCCUAUACGAGCAGUAGAACCUAACAUAACGGCAAAUCAACUGGAGCAGCUUCGCAUCGAGCUGCUGCCUGGAAUGUCUCAUCUACGCAGUCAACAAGACAUUCAACCUGCAUUUGAGCUGUCGAAGAAGAGACGAGGAGUGUCCAUUGCUAUCGGUAUUCCGACUGUGAAGAGAGACAAGCAGACGUACCUGUUGGAUACGAUCGACUCUCUACUGAAAGCGCUUACAGACGACGACAAGCAAGAUGUAGUCAUUACGGUGAUGAUUGCAGAGUGGGACAUAGCGUACGUACGAGACGUAGCCGAGGGCAUCAAGUCACGAUUUCUGUCAGCAAUUGAUUUGGGUUUGUUGGAAAUUAUUUCCCCACCUCAAAGUUUCUACCCAAGUUUAGAUGGUCUGACGUUGUCAUUUGGAGACGACCACGACAGAGUACGAUGGCGGACAAAGCAGAACUUAGAUUAUGCUUUUAUGAUGAUGUAUGCACGGAAUAAAGGACGAUAUUAUCUUCAGCUUGAAGAUGACAUAUUAAGCACACCUAGUUUUGUUGCACGAAUUAAUGGAUUUGUUCAAGAGAGUUCAGCGGCCAUGCCCAACUGGGUUCUUCUGGAGUUUUCCGCGUUAGGAUUUAUCGGAAAGUUAUUUCACUCGAGUGACCUGUACAGGUUGGCGUCUUUCUUCAUGAUGUUUCACAAGGACAAGCCGAUCGACUGGCUGCUGGAUCAUUUUCUGUUUGUCAAAGUGUGUCAUCCGGAACACGAUAUGAAAAUGUGUGGCAAAGAAAAGGCGAAAGUACGAAUUCGUUACAAACCGUCGUUGUUUCAACACGUCGGACAACAUUCAUCACUAAAAGGCAAAAUUCAAAAACUAAAAGACAGAGAUUUCAAGAAGAAUCUUCCUCCGCCUCCGUUUACGAAUCCGCCCGCUCGUGUGUCGACAACAUUGGAUGUAUAUCAAUCUCACACACUCGACCAGGUGUAUCUCAGUCGUGAUAUCUUCUGGGGAAUGACUCCGAAGAAAGGGGACACGAUUCAGUUUGUGUUUGACAAGCCAACCGUAUUGACAAAGAUUCUCAUUCUGUCGGGGAAUACACAGCAUCCCGGCGACAUCUGCAGUAACGUGACCAUCGAAGUCGAGCAAGUCGACUCAUCAAACGUGGUGCUACCGGUUGCCCCGAACCCCGCCGAAAAUCCACAUCGAAUCAGACUAUGCGAUUUCGACAAGAACGGCCAGGCAGUCUGCGACGUACCGAGCAACAUGGGUCCUCUUGUCAGUAUACGACUGAUGUUCACGUAUGAUGCGAAGGCAUGGGUAAUCCUCAGACAAGUCAACUUUUUUGCUGCCAAGGCAGUGAAUAGGUGAUGAAGCUUCAUGAGGUUUAUCUUAAUUAAACAAAGGCGAUGCUCUGUAUAGGGCAAAAGUUACUAUUUCUCAACCAAAAUUUGUUUAUGUACAUGCAAUGCCUUUUCAGUAGGCCUAGGAUAGACUUGUUGGAUGGGUUAUGCUGCAGAGGAACAUUCCGUGUGUCUUUGAUAGCUUGGCAUGCAAAGAUUAAUCGAUACUAUUCUUUAUUCUGGUUAGUUUCGUUCA